AUGGCCUUAGGAUCUCCGGCAGCUCAGCCUACCACAUCUGAUAGUUCAAAUACGGAUUCUAUAUCAGACUAUGAGAUCGUCAACUUUCAGUGUGGUGUUACCACCAAUGCAGAACUAACGAUACUCUGCUAUGGGAAACGAUUCCAUAUUCAGAUAUCUGCCGAAAGCCUUCACGGAAAUCUACAACUUGAAAAGGAGUAUCUAAAGCUUGAAAUUGAUGACAGGAUGGUCCCUAUUAACUACAACCAAUGGCAGAAGGCUUUGAUUGAAGAAAUGGAAGAUCAAAGUGCCGAGGAACCAGAGGAGGGCAGUUGUGAUAACGAAAUAAUGGGGGAUGCCAUGGAGGACAUUUGUUUUUGGAUUGCUAUGAAAUGUAAUCCGUACAUGCGAUCUUUGGGGUCUAACUCGGACUUAAACCCUUCUACGGUCGAGGAUUGGUUCUAUCCUGAAACUCUUGUCCUCAACCCCAAGGUUGAUGGGAAAGGCAAUCUGGUCGUUCUUCCCUCGCCUGCCGGUGAUGAGCUAGUAGCACACCUUAUAACCUCUCUGCCACUACCACUGGAUAUGGUUCAGGCGGUGCAGCCCCUGUUUAUACACCCAUCAAAAAUAUUCCUCUUUCACGAGGAAGAUAUGACGGGCCCUAUCCAACGACCGGAGAAAGUAUUCACAGAGCCCGGUCGUAUACUUUUUUUCAAGCCUUGUUACCACGUACUUCAAAUACCUCGAGAAAUCCAAGCCAUGGUCCGUCUGCAGGAAACGGGUCUUAAUAAGACUUUACGAGUUCCGACACUGCAUGGGUUGGUGCAGUAUCAACACGAGCCGGACCAGAUUUGCGGACUUCUCCUAACAUAUAUUGAGCACCAUGAAAGCUUGGGCUUUAUCGAGGUGCAUGAGACACCAUUGGCACUCCGGGAAAAGUGGAUCUUACAGAUUCAACAAACAAUCAAAGCCUUGCACUCGGAAGGAAUUGUCUGGGGCGACGCAAAACCUGACAAUAUCUUAGUUGAUAAGAAUGAUGACUUGUGGUUCAUUGACUUUGGGGGCAGUUUCACUCCCGGUUGGAUCGAUGAGGAUAAAGCUGAAACUUUUGAGGGCGAUUGUCAGGCCCUAGACCGGAUGGUUGAUCAUCUUCUAGGGGGGGGGGUAUUUUUGCAGCCUAGGGUGCAUUCCUUCCCUCAUUAA